AUGCCGCCCCUGGAAGUGAGCGUGCCGUAUGAAACCUGCAGCCUGCAUGAAGAAGAGAAAGGAGUGGUAUUAGUGGAGGGAUGGCAUGAUUUAGAUAACAAAGACUAUGACUGCUGGCCCCUGGAAAAACCAGAUGAGUAUAACAUGCUGGACUGUGGAGGCCUGGAGAUGGCGUGGGUACAAAGGCCUCCAGAAAAGGCUGUGAGUGGGGAAUUCUUCAAUGUGACCUAUGCAGUUUUUGCUUCAGAUGGCUUUUAUCAAUACGCAGUGCAAAAUAAAAUCCUUUCUCACAGUUUCUCUUCUAGCAAUGCUACUGCUGCAAAGGAAUUCUGUGAGGACCAUGAGUGCCCCACCAGCUGGAAAGAUGCAAAUGGAGAGAACUGCUGUGUCCACCAUGCCAACAUUCAUUCCUGUCCUUUGGCCUUCAUGGGGAGAGGAGGAAUAUGUGGUCCAUGGAUCCCAGAUGAUGGCCAGAUAUUUACUCACACUUUGUCUACAGCUGGCAAAAUGAGCCAAAGAAACUGGACUGCCAAGGUUGUUUUGGUUCACGUGGGUGUGACUUCUCUCAUUGCACACAUCAGAGUUGGGAGAAUGCAAGUUGCUCUGGAAGCAAAAACCACAGUCCUUCCUGCAGUAGUCUGUGGAGAUGGCCUUUGUGAGGAAGAAGAAGGCUGCUCUAUCUGCCCGGCGGAUUGUGGGGAGUGCCCACUGUCUGCUGAUGCUAGGAUAGCAAUUGCCUUACCAAUAUGUUUAGUCUGCACUGGCUUCAUUUUGACAAUUAUAUGGUUUCAAUAUCAGAAACAAAAGAUGUUUUGGGAUGAAAGCUGGAUUAUAGACUUCACCUGCAUCAAACAAGAUCGCGUGGUACGGACAGCAACAGGAAGCAUGAUGAGUGCUGCCCCAGCCCCCAGCGACUCCAAUGCCAGCUGUAUCACUGCGCUGAGCUCCUGCACAGCUACUGCUAAUGUCUCCAGGAAACAGUACUUCACCCAGACUGGGAGAUAUGAUGGUAGAAGAGUGGCCAUAAAGAAAAUCAUGAAGAAGACAUUCACGCUGUCCAAAUCCAUACGUAAAGAAGUAAAGCAAGUGAGGGAACUUGACCAUCCCAAUCUCUGCAAAUUCAUUGGAGGUUGUAUAGAAGUGCCAAAUGUCGCCAUUGUGACAGAGUACUGCCCCAAAGGCAGCCUGAGUGAUGUUCUGCUCAAUGAAGAUAUUCCUUUGAACUGGGGCUUCAGGUUUUCUUUUGCUACUGAUAUCGCGCAAGGAAUGGCCUAUCUUCACCACCACAAGAUGUAUCACGGACGGUUGAAGUCUAGUAACUGCGUGAUAGAUGACCGAUGGGUUUGUAAAAUUGCAGAUUAUGGUUUGAAGUCGUACAGAAAGGAAGAUUCUUCUGAGGGGUCAAGCUCAUACCAGCAGCAUUCGAUACAGAUUUACACAGCUCCUGAAAUCCAUUCCCUUUCAGACUUUGAACCCAAUUCUAUGGCAGAUGUCUACAGUUAUGCCAUCAUUUUACUAGAAAUUGCCACAAGAAGUGACCCUAUGCCAGUAACUGAAUAUUCUUGGUGCCCACCUUUGGCAGAAUUAAUUUCAGGAAAGGCUGAGAAUUCUUGUCCGUGUACCACAGAUUACAUAGAGUUAAUCAGAAGGUGCAGAAAAAAUAAUCCAGCCCAAAGGCCUACAUUUGAACAAGUCAAGAAAAUGUUAUACAAGAUGAAUCCUAAUAAAGUUAGCCCUGUUGACAUGAUGAUGACUCUGAUGGAGAAAUAUAGCAAACAUCUGGAGAUACUUGUUGCUGAGAGAACUCAGGAUUUAAUGCAUGAAAAACAGAAGACUGAUCGUCUAUUGUAUAGUAUGUUGCCAAAGCAAGUAGCAGAUGAUCUCAGGCAGGGAAAACAUGCACAAGCUCAAAGUUACCUAAGUGCCACCAUCUUUUUCAGUGAUAUUGUUGGCUUCACUCAGCUCUCCAGCAGCAGCACACCUUACCAAGUGGUAGAUCUCUUGAACAAGCUUUAUACCACUUUUGAUGAAAUCAUCGAUAACUAUGAUGUCUAUAAGGUGGAGACAAUAGGAGAUGCCUAUAUGGUGGUGUCAGGAGUGCCCAAAGAGAAUGGAAUCCUUCAUGCCGGUGAGAUCGCAAGCAUGGCUUUAGACCUCCUGGAUGUCUGCAAGACGUUUAAGAUCCCACACAAGCCCAACACCCUCCUAAAGAUAAGAGCAGGAAUCCAUUCAGGGGCAGUUGUAGCUGGAGUUGUUGGGACCAAAAUGCCACGGUAUUGUUUAUUUGGAGACACUGUGAACACAGCUUCCAGGAUGGAAUCUACCAGUGAAGCUCUUAAAAUACAGUGCAGUUCAAGUGCAUACCAGCUGUUGGAGCAGAUUGGAGAGUAUGUGUUAGUAUGCCGUGGGAAUUUACAAGUCAAGGGGAAAGGAGACAUGAUAACAUACUGGCUUGAAGGUAAGAAAGCCCCUGCUGGCCAGAAGACAGUCACCAGCACUUCUGUGACUCUUCAGGACCCCAACAGAGCUUCGUUUAGUUUGAUACCGGGUGUCCUUCCCAGUGAUCCUCUCUCAAGCCCUGCUUACUAA